AUGACUGGCAACCUGUCAGCUCGCAUCGGGCUGAUGGUGGCAAACUGCCGCCACCAUCAGCCCGAUGCGAGCUGGAAUAAGCUCCUGGCCAAAGUUACCCUGCACAAGCCACGAGGGUUAGAAAAUGGAUUGGGUUUUGGGGCGGGUGUGAUCAAGCCGACUGUCAGAAACGGCUGUGACAUGGACACCGCGAGUCCGAUGCCUCUGAGCGCCUGUCGCCUCCCUCCGGGCUUUCCGCAGCCGCCGCGUGGCGACGCCGCGCACGGAUCCCGGGCCGGCGGGCCCGCUGCCGCGGACAACAAGCCAACUCGCAGGCUGUAUCCCUCACUGCCACAUGUGGACAGCUACGACAUCCGUGUCGUGCCGGACGGCUCCACUGUGCGAGGAAAGCCUCGCACAGCUGCGGACCUCAGUCCCGAGAGGCUGCCUGGAGACACGCAGUCGGAGGCGCCCGCAGCCGUCGGCGACGUCAGAAUGAGAGCGCAGAUCCUCGCCCUGGAGGAGCAAAGGGAGGAACUGAUUGCCAUCAACGAGACGUGGGCGAAAGAGUACCGAGCCAUGGCGCACUACUACAGAGAGCAGGUCCGGGGUUUAAAAGCGCUGCUGCAGCGGGAGCACGGCGGCCCCGGGGAGGGGGCGUGCGAGCAGGGAGGAAAGCCCACGGCCCAGUGUACAAAACUCAGAUUCAAGGCAGCCAAAGACGUGGCCGGCGAACGCACCCGCGAUGCUGAGGCGAGCUCUGAGUUGCUCGGAGCAGAAAAGGAGGCCCGGGAGCUGCGGGCGCAGAACAGCGCUCUGGCCCAGAGAGGGCGGCAUCAGCGUGAGGAGAUCAGACGCCUGAACAAGGCCCUGGAGGAGGCGCUUCUGACCUCUCGACCUCUUGGGCCGAGCAGGGAAACGCUACAGGAUCUGUGGAAACAUCAGGCAGAGGUCUACAAGGACGACUUUUUGACCGAGCGGAAGGACAGGGAGACGCUCAAACAGAAGUAUUUGGAGCUGGAGAAUCAGUUUAGAAGAGUCCGCAGGGAGCUGCACGUCCUCAAAUCCAAGCUGCCGCGGACCCGUCCACCUCAACCCGUGCCUGAAUGCGGCUGCGCAAGUCGAGGGCACCUGUCCAAAGUGGGAGGUCCGACCGGUUAACCGGCGCCGCACGGCGUUGAGAGAGGCGGCACGCCCUCGAUAACAAACCGCGAAAACCCAGUGGACUCCUCGCGCGUUUUUUGAGAUGACAAUUCGCUGCGCUGCGUGGGAGCCUCUCCCGGAGCGUGAUGGCCGCAUCGGAGUUCAUCAUUCCCAGGGACUCUGCGAGAUCAUCAUCGGGCAGGGCGACGCCCCCUUCCCCAGCUCCGUCUCAGUCCACGACCGAGGUCCAGCUUCGGGGGGGGUUUUUGGUCGCAAUCGUAACGCAAGACGAAGAGAAGCGGCAAAAAAAAGGGGGUGGCGUAGAAAUACUCCGCCCAGUGCGUGCGGUGCUCCUCCACAGGUCCUGAGGUGGAUUAUCAGUUACCGCACAACCCCAACACUAUUGACACGAGGGAUGCCCCUGUUCUCAUCACCUGUUAUCUGCAGUAUUAAAAAAGAAAGAAAGAGAGAGAGCAAAGCAAGUGGUCUGGCCUCGUCUUCGCAAAAGGCGAAUGCUGAAAAACCCCACGGAGCCACACGGGCACAGCUGCGCCUGCGAGGAGGAGGAAACGACUGAAAGUCGCGCGACGACGGAGAGCCGCUCCGCGUCUCCCCGCCGUCUUCGAAAAGGG